CGACAUACAGGGCUUCAAAGCUGUCGCGACACUCCGGGCAAACUUCCUUUCAUAGGAGGAUAGCCGACGAUAUGAAUGAGACAAGAGUCGCCAUGAGUUCGCCAUCGGCAGCACAGAGUGACUCCCGGGUUGUCUUGGACGUACAAGGCUACAUUUACUUUGAACGCCACACCAAGAAAACAAAUAUCGACGUUCUCAAGAGAAUUCGCUUCUUUGGAAAACCACGUGAUGGUCACCGACAUUUGGACAUCGGGUGCGGGCCAGGAACCUUCACGAAAGACUACCUAGUUCCAUUAUCUUCGCCUUGCAAGAUGCUCCUGGCCAUAGAGAAUUCUCCAUCGAUGAUAGAUUUUGCGAAGGAAAACUCGGCGCACGACAACAUACUGUACCGAGUGUUCGACUUCGGCGGCAGUGAUGCCACGGAACUGUUGAAUGCGUACGGGCACUUUGACCGCAUCUACUCGUUCCUCUGCUUUCACUACGUGAAAGAUGAGCUGAAAGCCUACAGGGACAUUGCAAAACUGCUGACUCCACAGUGUGGCGAGUGCCUUGUGACAUCCGCAAUCGCCUGCGAGCCUGUUGACGCGUGGCUCCAUAUGCACCUGAUGGAACGCUGGAGAGAUGUUGUUCCCGAUCCCAGACCAGUUUACUCAAAUCAAUUCAGGUUUGACUUGGACAAGAACUUGGCAGACGCCGAAUCUGAAAUACGAUCAGUGGUCUCAGAAGCUGGACUGACAUGCAACGAAUGUUAUUUGUUUGAGACGGAAUGGCUAUUCCCUGAUGUCAAUAGUUGUGUCGAUGCCUUUUUUGGUGUAUCAGAGUUAUUCAAGAGCGUUCCACCGACGAAAAUCGAUGACGUUAAGAAGGAGUGGGCACGCAUCCUCAGCCAACGUUCGAAACAAACAGCAGGAGAGUUCGCCAUGAGGACAACGUGGUACUGCGUUCAUGCCCAAUCAGCGACCAUUUGAAUGGGCUCUCCACGGAAGACAAUAUAAGCAAGAAACUUGCAUUUGUCAAAAGUAUGCACUUGACUUUUUGUAACUGCGUGGUGUCCAUAAUCAAAAGUGUAUAAAACAGCGACUGGCGCGUAGUAAUUACUAACGAUUUUUAAAAAUUUAAAGGGUUUUACUAUCUAUCUAUUUAUCUAUCUAUCUAUCUAUCUGUAUAUCUAUCUAUCUAUCUAUCUAUCUAUCUAUCUAUCUAUCUCAGCUACUUGACGAUGUCCUGGUCCUUUCCGUUAAUUUAUCAGAUGAUACAUUUCAAAUGAAGUAAGUUAGCCACACGAGCUAACGGUCAAAAGAACAGCCCGAUACGCAUGUAUGCCAGGAAAUGGGAAGCUAAUGUAGUGUGUACCUACUCUGUUUGGUUGGCUGCUCUGUUAUGCUGGUCGAGAUAUGUUUGAUCUCGUGCCGACGUUGACACUUCAUACAUUAAACAAAUCAGCAACAACUUUCAAUUCAAGAGCACAUGAACGAUGAGUUAAAAUUGUUGAGUUGUUCUACGAGCACUUUCUUGUAUUUAGGAAGGAAGAAAUAAACUUUACUUUGUA